AUGUUGAAGUGCUAUAUUUUAUUGUUGGCGGUAACUUUCACUAGCAUAGAGGCGGAUGAGUCCCGCGAAUCUCGAGGAAUAUAUUCGAAGAAUUUCUUUGGUGGCGUUUGGGGUAAUCGUCCACCGCUGUUCGAGUUGAACCAGCCUAGAACCACGUGCAACUGCAAAUGCGGUGAAAGAAACGAGGCGUCUCGCAUUGUCGGUGGAACCGAAGCAAGCAUCGACGAGUUCCCAUGGAUAGUUAAACUUUCCUACUUCAAGCGGUUCUACUGCGGUGGAUCUCUUGUUAAUGAUAGAUAUGUCGUGUCUGCAGCACAUUGUGUCAAGGGAUUCAUGUGGUUCAUGAUCAAAGUUACGUUUGGUGAACACAACCGCUGCAACUCCACAAUCCGUCCUGAGACCAGGUUCGUCAUUCGAGUGAUCGCCAACAAGUUCACCCUCACCAACUUUGACAAUGAUAUCGCUCUGCUCCGCCUGAACGACAAAGUGCCAAUGUCAGCUACUAUCAAGCCGAUUUGUUUGCCGAGUGAUCCAAGCAAUUUGUACGUUGGAGCCACAGCGGUUGCAUCUGGUUGGGGCACUCUCACUGAAGAAGGCAAGGUGUCUUGUACUCUUCAAGAGGUGGAGGUUCCAGUUAUCAGCAACCAGGACUGCAAGAAUACGAAAUACACCUCGUCUAUGAUCACAAAUAACAUGAUGUGCGCUGGAUACCCUAAGACUGGACAGAAGGAUUCUUGCCAGGGAGACAGCGGUGGACCACUCAUAACAACGAGGAGAAAAGACAAACGAUAUGAAUUAAUAGGUGUGGUAUCAUGGGGCAAUGGCUGCGCAAGAGUGGGCUAUCCGGGGGUGUACACACGGGUGACCAAUUAUUUAGAUUGGAUCAAAGAAAAUACCAAGGACGGCUGUUUCUGUAACGAGUAA